AAAACCAUCAACUGCCGCUCAAAACCCACAAAACCCAAAAGCAAUGCAGUGAAGUGGGACCCAAAUUCUCCGCCGGAGCAACCACUCAGUGGAAUUUUCUUCCCUUUCUACGCCAAUCUGCCGCUGCUCAAAAUCAACAAAACAGAUCACAAUUGUGAAAAUUCUUCUUUUACAUGGUUGGCUCCAUAGAAACUUCAGCUAGUAGCUCUUAAAUCCCUUUGAUAGUACCCAACUGCUGAAUAGAUGUCGAUGUCAAUUUCAUAUUUAUCGGUGCCCUUCUCGGAUUCUUCGGUUACUAGGCGGAUCCCACUUUGCCCCAGUGCUGGAAAAAUCUGUGCUCGGAGUUGUGGCUUUCCGGCCGUGACAAGGAACAUUUAUUCGGUGGAAGGUAGCCGUCUUAUGCUUUAUGGAGGAACUGCCAAUUUCUGCCGAAGGUUGUGUGGCUUAAAGCUAUGGAUACGUAAGAGCCUUAACCUUCGACAGCGCAGUAGAGAAUGUAGACCUGCAAAGGAGUUGAAGAUUAUUAAAAAUCAAGAGAAGGAUCACUUAACAAAUCAUUUGGAAACAACUUCAACACAUGCUGGACAAGUUUCUGAAGAAGUCCCGAAGAUAAAUGUGCCAAGUGCUGCUUCUGUGGAGUCUCCUUCAUCUUUGACGCAAGCACAUUCCUAUAAUUUCUCCAUCGAGGGUGGUAGAGCAACUUCUCUCUGUAUUGCUGUUAUAGGAGCUACUGGUGAGCUGGCUAGGGGGAAAAUUUUUCCAGCGUUAUUUGCUCUGUAUUAUAGUGGCUUUUUACCUGAGGAUGUAGCUGUCUUUGGUUAUUCAAGGAAGAAUUUGACAGAUGAGGAUCUGAGAUCCAUUAUAGCUUCUAAUUUGACUUGCCGCAUUGAUCAUCAACAGAACUGUGGAGACAAAAUGGAGGCUUUUCUUAGUAGGACAUACUACCUUAAUGGAGGUUGCGACAACAGAGAAGGGAUGUCAAAGCUAAAUGCCAGAAUGGAGAAUAUUGAGGGUGGACAUGAAGUAAAUAGGAUAUUCUAUCUUUCUGUGCCACAAGAGGCACUCCUUGAUGUUGCAUCUUCUCUUGCUGACAAUGCCCAAACCCGAAGGGGCUGGAAUCGUAUAAUAAUUGAGAAACCCUUUGGAUUUGAUGCACCAUCUUCUCAUCAAUUGACUAAGUCUCUUCUUUCUAAGUUUGAGGAGAAACAAUUAUACAGGAUAGAUCAUCUUUUAGGAAGAAACCUUAUUGAGAACCUCACAGUAUUAAGAUUUUCAAAUCUUGUUUUUGAGCCAUUGUGGAGCCGAACUUAUAUACGCAACGUACAGAUCAUUUUAUCAGAAGAUCUUAGUGUGCAGACUGGAAGGUAUUUUGAUGGGUAUGGGAUCAUUCGGGACAUAGUGCAUAGUCAUAUAUUUCAGACAAUAGCAUUACUUGCCAUGGAGCCACCUAUAAGUCUUGAUGGUGAAGAUAUUCGAAAUGAAAAAGUCAAGGUUUUAAGAUCAAUUUGCAGAUUGGAUCCUAGUGAUGUCAUCCUUGGGCAAUAUAAAGCUAUUUCUGGGGACAAGGUUGAUGUAAAGUUGAACGAUAUGACACCAACGUUUUUUGCUGCUGCAUUAUACAUUGACAAUGCACGCUGGGAUGGUGUGCCUUUUAUUGUCAAAACUGGCAUGGGACUCAUCAAACACAGAGUGGAGAUACGUAUACAGUUCCAUUGUGUCCCUGGAAAUAUUUAUCGGGAGUGCAUUGGACAUAACAUUGGUAUGGCCACCAAUGAGCUGAUUUUGCGUGAUGUCCCUGAUGAAGCCAUCCUAGUCAGAAUUAACAAUAAGAUUCCUGGACUAGGCUUGCAUUUGGAUGCUUCCGAACUUAAUUUGCUCUACAAGGACAGGUAUAAUGUGGAAGUGCCUGAUUCAUAUGAGCAUCUUCUUCUUGAUGUCAUUGAUGGAGAUAACCAUCUCUUUAUGAGAAGUGAUGAGCUUGCAGCUGCAUGGAGUAUUCUAACUCCCAUUCUCCAUGAGAUAGACAAGAACAAUAUUGCACCAGAGCUGUAUGAAUUAGGAGGUAGAGGUCCAAUUGGAGCAUACUAUCUUUGGGCCAAGCAUGGGGUUCGGUGGGCAGACGACUGAAAAAGGUUUUUACCCAAAGUUCUGCCAUCUGAAACCGAUGCAUGACUUGUGGUAAAUAAUACCGUGUUGCUGCCUACAUCAAUAAAUGAAUGUUUUGAAUACACAAAUCCUGUAAAAUUUGAAUGGGGCAGUUCAUCUUGUGAUUGCAAUAGAAUUAUCCAAAACAGCUAGGGCGUUCUCUCUC